AUGUCCCUAACAGAAACGGACCUAGCGCACCUGCGCCGCACCCUCGAGCUCGCAAGCGAGGCCCUCGUAGCCGGCGACGCGCCCUUCGGGUCCGUCCUCGUCGACGCGCGGGGCUUAUUCCUCCGUGAAGACCGCAACCGCACCGCGACGCUGGGCGACGGCACGCGACACCCGGAACUCGAGCUCGCGCGCUGGGCCGCGACGAACAUGGCUUUUGAGGAGCGCGCGGCGGCGACCGUGUACACCUCGGGCGAGCACUGCGCGAUGUGCGCCGCGGCGCACGCCUGGGUCGGUCUGGGGCGCGUCGUGUUCGUGGCGAGCGUGGGGCAGCUCGCGGGUUGGCAGCGAGAGUUCAGGGACGGCUCGGAUGGGUAUGAAUCGCCGGUUGCGCCGCUGCCUAUCCGGGUUGUUGCGCCGGGCGUCCCCGUGCAGGGCCCUGUGCCGGAGUUCGAAGAGCAGAUUAAGGAUUUGCAUCGCCGGUGGGCGAAGAAGAGGGGAUUAGUGUAG